CUCUGCAGGAGAAUUUGGACAAGAAGCUGUUCGGGCAGCACCUGGUGAGCAAGGUGGUUGUGAAGGCUGUGAAGGGCUUCUUGAACAACACCAACGCCAAAAAGCCUCUUGCCCUUUCCUUGCACGGGUGGACUGGAACAGGGAAAAACUUUGUCAGUAAGAUAGUCGCCGAAAGCAUUUAUAAAAGAGGUCUGCAGAGUAAAUACGUGCAUCAGUUCGUGGCGACUUUACACUUUCCUCAUGCUCACAGCAUCAAUCUGUACAAGGACCAGUUGCAGUCAUGGAUUCGGGGAAAUGUGAGCAUCUGUCCCAGAUCACUCUUCAUAUUCGAUGAAAUGGAUAAAAUGCAUGCAGGACUCAUUGACUCCAUCAAACCAUUCCUGGACUACUAUGAGCUUUUGGAUGGGGUGUCUUACCGACAAGCCAUCUUCAUAUUCCUCAGCAAUGCAGGAGCUGAAAAGAUAACAGAGGUGGCACUAGAUUUCUGGAGAAACGGGAGGACAAGGGAGGAUAUACAACUCUCACAUAUCCAGAAUGCACUGUCUGUGUCUGUCUUCAAUAACAAAAAUAGUGGAUUUUGGCACAGCACCUUGAUUGAUAGAAAUCUCAUUGACUACUUUGUUCCCUUCCUGCCUCUGGAAUACAAACAUGUGAAAAUGUGUGUCAGGGUUGAGAUUAAAUCCCGUGGCUAUGCUGUGGAUGAAGACAUUCUAACCAGAAUAGCUGACGAGAUGACCUACUUCCCCAGAGAGGAGAGAAUUUAUUCAGAUAAAGGCUGUAAAACUGUGGAUGCAAAGCUGGAUUAUUACUAUGACUUCUAACACUUUAUUGCUACAACCUGGAAAGAGGCAAAUUUAACUUAAUCACAACGUGAAGAACCUGGGACAUUUCAUUUUUAAGCACUUUUUUAAAGAAAGGAACAUUACUUCUUUCCUGGUGUGUAAAUAAGUGGCAGUGCCUCUGCAUUGGUAUUCUGUCACUAGUCAUGGCUCCCAAGUACUUCAGCCUUGUGUUGUCAAGGUAAGAACAAACUGUGUUGUGAAUGUGGGAGUCUGUGUCUGACAGUGCUGAA